AUGAAGGUUAUAAGCAUUCUCCAAGUCCUUUUCGUUGUUGCGUUGGCCAUUUGUGUCAAAGCUGCUCGAGCUCAGAGUGAAGGCAAAGCUCCGUCGCCCGUGAUUGAAACUUCCACCGACUCAGAAGUCGAUAGCAGUAUUGAUCAGGGGUUUGGCGAGUCUGGCAAUCAGAAGCGAUGGAGGUUUAAGUACACGGGUGCCGCGCGUAAGAUCGAGAGAGAUGUCCCUGGUGCAAGGUUCUACUAUCCGUCUAUCAAGAAGCGACAAAAUCUGAACAGCGACAUGGAUACGGAGACAGAAGAUUCCUGGAAGAUCUUCCAGCGAUCCGAAGACAGGCAGAUGGAUUAUUGCAAAUUCAACUGGUCAGAAGGCUAA